CAGCUACAAUAGUAAAAAUGAAGAGAACAGCUUGGUAAACCCCAGAAGGAAUUCCACUAUUCAUGUCGAUAACAGACCAUACGCACCUAUGAAGCCAACUGUAAAAAAAGUCAAUCUCACUGCCGUCGACUGAAUAGCAUGGCUAUCAACGAACGCCGCCGAAGCUGCAGAAAAAUUCUCGUUACCACAUUCUUCAUCGUCCCUUGCUUUUUAUUGAACGGAACAGCACUUCGUCUGCUGUUUCGAUGUACUGUCCAGAAUGAUUUUAACCUCAAGCGAUCCGUCGACGGUCCUUUCCAGAGUUUGCACCCAUCCGACGAAAGAACGCGCUCAUAUAAGAGAAGCGAAAAUCAGAUAGUGCAGGCAACGGGAAAUACAACGCCAAAAUGCUUACUUCAAAAUUCUCAGCAGUGGUUGACUUCCCCUCGACUUGGCAAUAUCAACAUUUCGGAAAUAGACAAGACAUUACCAGAGCGCCUGUUACUGAGCUUGCAAGCCCCGUCGUUCGGGGAAUUCUUGCCAAUACUCAAAACGACAAUAUGUCCUGUAUCCUCUGCCUUCAUCGGCACGGAAAACAUCAAUACGGAGCAUAUCAACGUAUCAUCGGAGAUAAUAAGGAUUUGGACUGUAAGGCUUUUUUUCUUGGCAAUUCACAGACAUCAGCAUGCCCCUGCAGUUGGUGAGUCCAGACUUCGGAACGGCUAUCUUUGUACAAAAAAGAAGCAGCAAUACAGGAUUGGAGAUUUCGACUACGAAUGUCCAUCGGCAAAGUUUCCUGUAGUUGGGUUGUCGAAGCCAGGGAUCGGAGCCCAUAUGCGUCUUGGAUUGGUCUCAGCGCUCAAAGCCGGUAUAGCGACGGGACGCGUCGUUCUGUUGGUCAACAAUGCGCCAAGUAGCGCUCCUUCGUUCCUGCAAAACCCUUGGCCUUUAGCAUCCUGCAAUCGAAAAGACGCCCAGUGCUUCUUUCAACCUUUCAGCCCGUGCGUCCUGACAGCAGAAGCUCUGGCCGAUGCUUAUACUUUGACACGAGGAGAAAUGCGGCACGUUUUUCGCUCAGGAAAGGUUCCUGAAACACAUGAAGCUGAUCGUGUUAUUGCUAUGCAACUCAAGUAUCGACCACAGAGAGAUCCUGAAAACCUUCUCCCUACGUUGCGAAAAUUAGUAGUCGCGCUGUUGGAGAAACUACAGCUUUCGUUGUCUCAACGCUCUGUUCUAGAAGACGCAAUAAGUGAAACGCUGAAAAUUGGCGGCAUCCUCUCGAAUCAAACAACCCACCAAUACGGCUUUCAGUCUCAAGUACACAACGCCAUGCUUUUGUAUGCUUUACGUCCAAGUCCCGGGUCGUCCGCAUCCAUCGAUAAUAUAUUGGAGGAGAUUCUUCCUUCCAAUUUCGAGCCAGACCAUUCGAUCGGACUACCUAUUCGAGCGUCUGAUAAAUGCGGAACGGAAAGCGAGUGCCUAUCCUUUGACCAGUACACGAGGUCGCUUGCCAUGAUAUGGACUCUUUCGAGCGAUGCGGAAAAGUGGAAGGACGCGAAGUUGCCAGUCCAUAUCGUUCUGACAACUGAGUCGAAAAAUGUUAGCGCGGCCCAACAAAGUUACCUACGCAACCCCACAUCCGAGAGAGAGAUAGCGUUUCCAUUCAAAUUUGUAACGAAUCACCGAGAUGUUUUGCAAAACACUGGUGCUAUAUCGGACGUUGCAAUGACAUCUGGUCCGACUGCGGACGAAGCCAUGCUUUCGGCUAUGUCCUCGUUAAAAGCUCAGCUGAUGACCCGACACACACUGGGAAACUGUUGCUCUAAUUUCCAUUUGCUUUUACUCGACUUGAUGAGCGAAGGCUGUGGUGCUUCGUCCUUCAGUACGUUUCAAUGCCUUCAGGAUCACCCUGAGGAGGAGUUUCGUAUCUGCUGCGCCUGGGACAAUUCACCAAGGUGCAUUUCCCGUCGCAAUGCCACCGCUGUUAACACAUCGAGAGCGCCCUAG